CUUUCCUGCUCCACCUCCAGUCAUGGCCAGGGUCGGCUUUCUAUGCCUUUCUGACCAAGUAUUAGCUCACCACAUGAAGCUUGGCUUCCCUUUUGAUCAAGCAUGGAUUGGAGAUCGGUGGAUCCGCCUGGAUCGGCUCCAGGCACUCAUCCAAGUAUAUAAAGCCCGUGGCAUCGCCUUGCCCCCCAAGGUGUUACUGUACAUGGAUUGCCACCAACCCCGGCAGCUCGCUAUCUGAUCAUAUUUUUCUUCCCCCCGCCCGAUCAAGGGUCCUUGAAAAAGGUCGUGUGAAAUGCCGGCCCAUCUUCAUGCCUACCUGCACGGUGCUCCCUCGCCCACCUCCAACGCGGAGGGGGAGGGCCAGGCCGAUAUUAUCUCCUCGCCUCGAGUGCAUCUGUCGCAUGAGGACGGGGACGCCAUCGCGGACAUUCAUCGGACCCUGACCGAUCCAAGCAACCAUGUCCCGGUCCAAGAAUAUCCCGAGCCACACUCCUCGUUCGACAAAUUCCUCGAAGCCGAACUCCAGGCGGGUCGCAAGAAGUCCAACCUUGGCGUGUGCUUCCAGUCCAUCUCCACGUGGGGGGACGGAGGCGACCAUGCCAAUGUCAAGACCCUAGGGACGGCCCUCUGGCGCACGUUGACCUUCCAGGACGUGUACGAAUGGACCGUCAAACCCUGGCUUUCCGGCAAAAAGCCCCACGACGGGCGGGAGUUAAUUCGCGAUUUCUCCGGCGUGGUGAGAAGUGGCGAGAUUAUGCUUGUUUUGGGGAGGCCGGGCGCCGGUUGCUCAACGUUCCUGCGCACUAUCGCUGGCCAUCAUUCGUCUUUUCUCGGCGUGACGGGCUCCAUCGAUUAUUCAGGCCUAAGUCUCGAGGAGGUCAAGAAGCAUUAUCGUGGCCAAGUGGCCUACGUGCCCGAGGAUGACGUGCAUUUCCCCACUCUCAGCGUGCGACAGACCUUGGAGUUUGCGCUUCAGAGCAAGUCGCCCAAAAGGUACCAAGAACGAAUCCCGAGAUAUCUCGAAAUCUAUGGGCGAGUUUUUGGCAUGUCCCAUACGAUGAACACGCUGGUUGGGAACGAAUACAUCCGCGGCGUGUCGGGUGGUGAGCGUAAACGGAUCUCCAUCAUCGAGUCUCUUGCUACCGAUUCGUCUGUGAUGUGUUGGGAUAAUUCCACUCGGGGGUUGGAUGCUUCGUCGGCUCUGGACUACGCGCGCAGUCUUCGAAUCAUGACUGACACGUGCGGCAAGGCAACGCUUAUGACGCUCUAUCAGGCGUCGGAUGCCAUCUAUGAGCUGGUUGAUAAGGUGUUAUUGCUGGACGAAGGUCGGAUGAUUUACCAAGGCCCCGCUCGCGAGGCGAAGAGAUACUUUGAAGGAUUGGGAUAUGAAUGCGCCGACAUGCAGACCGUCUCGGACUUCCUGACCAGCAUCACGGUCCCCGAGAGGCGGCGAUUCAAACCGGGGUGGGAACAGCGCACCCCCAAAGGACCCGUCGAACUGGAAGAGGCGUUUAGGAAAAGCUCGGCGUACAAGAAGAUCGAAUAUGACGUCCAAAACUACGAGGACCAGCGAUUCGGCGGCAAGAGCACAGGAGCGUCCCAGACCGCGUCGGACUGCGGAAGUGUGGAGGAGUUUAAGAAAGCCGUGCAGACCGAUAAAUCUCGCUUCGUGUCUCCCAAGUCCCCGUACACCAUUUCGUUGUUCCGACAAGUGGUGCUGUGCGCAAAACGUCAGAUUUGGCAGAUUAGGGGCCACAUGUCGCCUUUGUACAUCAAGCUGAUCUCGGCGGUCGUUUACGGUCUGCUGGUUGGGUCCAUGUUCUAUAACCAACCUCAAACCACCGAUGGAAUGUACUCUCGCGGCGGUGUCAUCUUCUACUCGGCAAUCCUUUUGGCCUGGCUCCAAAUGUCCGAGUUGGAAGAUGCAAUGCAAGGGCGAGAUAUUCUCAGCCGCCAAAAGAAAUUUGCCUUCGUCAGACCCAGUGCGGUAUGUUUGGCCAGGGUUAUCGCCGAUUUCAUGGUAGGGGCCGCUAUCACAUUCCUAUUUCUGAUCGUGGUAUAUUUCCUGUCAGGUCUCAAGACAAAUGCUGGAUCCUUCUGGAUCGACUUUCUCUUCAUUUAUCUCUGCACCAUCUGCCUGACUGCCCAGUUCCGAUUGUUCGCUGCCGCCUCGUCGAACUUCGAGGUUGCGCUGCGCUACUGCGGUGUUUCUGUUCUGUUCUGCAUUGUUUUUGGUGGAUACGUUCUCUCAGUGGACAAGUUGAUGCAAGAUGUCCCCUGGGUCGGAUGGAUAGCUUAUACAACUCCAGCACUUUAUACCUAUGAGGCCAUGAUGGCUGCAGAGUUUCACAAUACCGAGUUCAGCUGUGCACCAGGAUCGGUCGUGCCAUCUGGUCCGAAUUACACGGAUGUCGUCUACCAAACCUGCGGCUAUGCAGGAAGUCAAGUUGGGACUACCGUGGUGAACGGCGAUGAUUACCUUGCGGUUAAGUAUGGGUUCUACUUCAGCAACGUUUGGCGCAACUUUGGAAUACUGUGCCUCUUCACAGUUGUUUACAUUGCCGGGACUUGCUGGCUGAGCGAGGUCAUGGAGUGGGAGCCGGAUAGUGCUGGACCUAUUCAACACAAGAAAUCUUGGGGACAGUCUAAGUCAAACAGGAAGCGCGCCGGAGACGAGGAAAGCAACGCCGUCCCGACAGGUCCCCAGGCCGCUGCACCUCGUGCCACGAUUGAGAAGCCGGGCCAAGCCCUCGCAGGAACCCAGUCAACAUUUACUUGGGAUAGCCUGGAAUUGAAUGUCAAAAUCGGAAAGGAAUCGAGGAAGCUUUUGAAUGGUGUUCGAGGCUACUGCAAACCAGGGUCAUUGACUGCCCUCGUAGGAGCUUCCGGAGCGGGAAAGUCUACAUUGUUGACUGCUCUCACCCAGAGGCCCAGUUCGGGGGAACUCACUGGCACGAUGUAUGUCGAUGGACAGCCUAUAGACCAAACGUUCAAUCGUCGCAUUGGAUAUUGUCAGCAGAUGGAUAUCCAUGAUGAGACUAGCACGGUCCGAGAAGCAUUCGAGUUCUCUGCACUUCUCCGCCAGAGCACUGCUGUAUCUGAGCAGGAAAAGCUGUCAUACGUGAACACGGUCAUCGAAACGCUUGAUCUUGUCGAUCUGCAGGACGCCAUAAUAGGUUCCCUGGACAUUGAGAAGAAAAAACGAGUUACCAUUGGCGUGGAGUUAUGCGCUAAACCUGAGCUUCUGCUCUUUUUGGACGAACCAACUAGUGGUCUCGAUAGCCAGGGCGCUUCGAGUAUUGUAGCAUUACUGCGGCGCUUAGCUGACCAGGGAUUGGCCAUUCUUUGCACUAUUCACCAGGCAAAUCAGGAGCAGUUUGAGCAGUUCGAUCGAGUUUUGGCACUCAGUCCUGGUGGAAAUACUUACUAUUUUGGAGAGGUCGGAGAAUCCGGGCGCUCCAUCUUUAAAUACUUCUCUGAGCAUGGUCAUCAACCAGAGAAUGUUACUAACGCGGCGGAUUUCCUUAUCGAAGUUGUCGUUGGUGGCAUGAAAGACGCUGCACAUAGCGUCGAUUGGCCCGAAGUAUGGAAGCGAUCUGCCGAAGCAGAGGAUGUCCAGAAUGAGAUACACGCAAUCCGCAAUAAGAGCGAGAAGUCAUCGGACGCGCCACAAGUCUCACAGUGCAAGAUGUCUACUCCGUCGAUCUUCCGGCAGACGUCCCUUCUGACCAAACGGACACUGCGGCAGUAUUGGCGAAGUCCAGAGUAUCCGUACUCUCGUCUAUACGCCUCGUUCCUCCAUGCCUUGAUCAACGGCCUCACAUAUUUGCAGAUUGGCAACAGCUCCACUGAUUUGCAGUCCAAGGCUUUCUCGUGCUUUCUCGUCUUGAUGCUUGUACCCGAGUUCAUCAACGCCAUUUCAAUGCGGUUCAUCAUGAAUCGUGAUAUUUGGAAAGCGCGCGAGGGCCCCAGCGGCAUCUAUGGCUGGGUUGCGUUCUGCACCGCUCAAAUUGUUUGUGAAAUCCCUUACGCCGUGAUCAGUGCCGUGAUCUUCUAUGUUCUCUAUUACUUUAUUGUGGGGCUCCCUCUUGGGUUCGCAGCAGGAUAUACCUUCUUGAUGUUCUUCCUGUUCUUCCUGUUUGCCACGUCCUGGGGCCAGUGGAUUGCAGCGAUGAGCGCCGAUUCAUUGGUGGCAGCCACGUUGAUGCCAUUCUUCAUCAUCAUGUGCGAGUUAUUCAACGGCAUUUUGCAGCCGCAUAAGAACAUGCCCGCAUUCUGGGGGUACACGAUGUACUAUGCAACGCCGUUCACAUACUGGAUCGGUGGCGUCCUGACAUCUGUUCUUCGUGGAAUGCCUGUCGUCUGUAACGAGAGCGAACUCACUAUCUUCGAGAGUCCGCCUAAUCUGACCUGCGGCGAAUAUGCCGGGGCAUGGCUCGAGGAGAAAGGUGUGGGCUAUCUAUACAACCCCGACGAUUCUGGGAAGUGUGGCUAUUGUGAAUAUAGCUAUGGAGACGACUAUCUUUCUGGAAUCGGGUUAGAUUCGUCCAAGAUUUGGCCAUUUUUCGGCAUCUUCACGGCAUUUGUCAUUUCCAAUUAUCUCAUGGUGUAUUUGCUUGUUUACGUCAAGUCGGUGAUGAAGCCUUUCUGGCGCCGGGGAUAGAGGAUGCAUAGGGUUAGCAUUGAUCUGUAUAUAGCCAUUGCAUGGUACAUAUUUCGAGAUUCGC